UUCCGUCUGCAUCUUCUUCUUUUCCCCAAAUACAGUCACAGAAAUUAAAGACCGAGACUUUUACCUCCGAGAGAGAGAUGGGGAACUCGUGGUUCGGUGUCUGUGCUUGCGUAGACCAAGCUAGCAUCGGCGUCGUUGAGCGGUGGGGUCGCUUCGAAAAGCUGGCGGAGCCGGGGCUCCACUUCUUCAAUCCUUUCGCCGGAGAAUGCCUCGCAGGCGUUCUUUCCACCAGGAUCCGGUCCCUUGAUGUCCGGGUCGAGACGAAGACCAAGGAUAAUGUCUUUGUGCAACUUAUUUGCUCAAUACAGUAUAGGGUUGUCAAGACGAAUGCUGAUGAUGCAUUUUAUGAAUUACAAAACCCCCAAGAGCAGAUCCAGGCGUAUGUCUUUGAUGUGGUUCGCGCUCUGGUUCCAAGGAUGAACUUGGACGAGCUCUUUGAACAGAAGGGUGAAGUUGCGAGAGCUGUCCUGGAGGAGCUUGAGAAGGUGAUGAGUGCAUAUGGUUACAACAUAGAGCACAUACUGAUGGUUGAUGUCGUUCCCGAUGCUUCGGUAAGGAAAGCAAUGAAUGAGAUUAAUGCAGCUCAGAGACUUCAGCUUGCUAGUGUAUACAAAGGAGAAGCUGAGAAGGUACUCCUUGUCAAGAAAGCCGAGGCUGAGGCUGAAGCCAAAUAUCUGGGCGGAGUAGGAGUUGCCAAGCAGAGGCAGGCCAUCACUGAUGGGCUAAGAGAGAACAUACUGAACUUCUCCCACAAGGUUGAGGGGACCUCAGCCAAGGAGGUCAUGGACCUAAUAAUGGUGACCCAAUACUUUGACACGAUGAAGGAUCUUGGGAGCGCCUCCAAGAACACUACAAUCUUCAUCCCUCAUGGCCCUGGCCAUGUUAGGGAUAUCACCGAGCAGAUAAGGAAUGGUAUGAUGGAGGCAGCUAGCUCUCAGGUCGAGGACAACAUAUGAACUGCAAAUUACUUUUGCUUUGAGUGGUGAUGUCGGUCUAGUUACAAUUAAUAUUGGAUUUCCUUUUUUCUGUUUUUGGGGUUUCCCUGUGAACAAUGUCGUGUAAAUAAUUUUGGUGUUGCUUUAGCUUUUAAACACGGUAUUGUUAAGAUACCAAUCAAUAAUAAAACAGUCAAACAGAGUUACAAACAA